CAGCCGGCACUGUAGAUAAUUGGCUGUGAGGAAAGGACAGAGUGCACCCACAGGAGCAACAGUUUUUUUGUUUUGUUUGUUUCUGUUUUUAUUUAUUUUUUUAAAUUAAAAUUAUUAAGAAACAAAUCUGAUUUAUCUCCAGCCUGCGUCUCUCGAUCACACACCUGUUCUGAUGAGAGGGAGGAAAAUGGAGAUUUGGGAAAAGUCCCUUCAUUCAUCCACAGGUCUUCGCGCAGGUUUAACUCCUCGUUAAAGUGGAGCGCACCGUUGGCUGGACUUGUUCGCGGUCUUUGUGCGUGCAAUGAAAAGAGCCUACGAUGAUCCUGGCUGUGAAUUAACUAUGGGCGCGCACAUCGUGGAGUCCAACUCCAGCGGCAACUUGACGCCUGCGGUGUCCGAGGCUGGGACCGUCCUCCCGGGAUACCUGGUGGUGAUCUUAUCGGUCCUCAUGGGGACUCUGGUGGUCGCCGUGGUAGCGGGGAACGCGCUGGUCAUCAUGGCUUUUAUUGUGGAUAAAACCCUGAGAAAUCAAAGCAACUACUUCUUUCUCAACCUUGCCAUAUCGGAUUUUCUCGUGGGUGCCUUCUGCAUCCCGGUGUACAUCCCGUACAACCUGACAGGCAGGUGGAUGCUGGGGAAGGGUCUCUGCAAAGUGUGGCUGGUCAUGGACUACCUGCUCUGCACCGCCUCAGUCUUCAACAUUGUCCUCAUUAGUUAUGACCGCUUCCUGUCAGUCACAAGAGCAGUUAAAUACCGAGCUCAGAGGAACAUGACCCGCCAGGCUGUGUUCAAGAUGGUGGCGGUGUGGGUGCUCUCCUUCCUCCUCUACGGCCCUGCCAUCAUUUUCUGGGAGACGAUCGUCGGCCAGAGCGUCGUCCCGGCCCACGAGUGCUACGCCGAGUUUUAUUUCACCUGGUACUUCCUGCUCAGCGCUUCUACCUUCGAGUUCUUCACCCCGUUCGUGUCGGUGGCCUUCUUCAACCUCAGCAUCUACCUGAACAUCCAUCGCAGGAAUAAGAGAGGUGCUGCCUGCGCCGAGGACGAACCCAAGCCACCGAAGACCACCAAGAAGCACAAAGAAGCAGGAGGCUGGUCCGUGUUUUUUGUCAAGACUCGCAAAGUGUCGUCCAGCGAGCCAACCGCUAUCUCUGCUGUAAUAGAGGACGACGACGUGCUGAACCCCUCUUCUAGCGGGGAGCCGAACACCAGUCAGAUAUUCAUGCAGCGGGAGAAGCUCUCGCCAAGCAGAAAAAACUCCAGGCUGUUUCAGCACUCAGCCUCCUGCGUGGCUCCUGGCCGUAGGACACAAGGAUCUCGCCUUUCCCGAGACAAAAAGAUUGCCAAAUCUUUGGCCAUUAUAGUCUGCACUUUUGGGAUAUGCUGGGCUCCGUACACUCUACUAAUGAUUAUCCGUGCUGCCUGCAGCGGUGAGUGUGUGGCGAACUACUGGUACGAGAUUACAUUCUGGCUUCUGUGGCUGAACUCCGCCAUCAACCCAAUCUUGUACCCUCUGUGCCACAGCAGCUUUCGAAGGGCUUUCUCAAAGAUACUGUGUCCCAAAAGACAAUCGGUGCAGCCUCAGAUUGAGGCUCAGUCUUGUUAGAUUGCACUUCCAUACUUUAUGAAUGCAGUAAAUGUUAUUGGUCAAACACUGUACAAAUCCAUGCAAUGUUCUUCCAUCUAAGAAUCAAAAGUAAGAGAAAAAGUGAGGAUUAUUACAUGUUUCACAGCAAUACGAGGAAUCAGCGCACUCAUGAAAAUAUUCUUAUAUAGUAAUAUUCUUAAUGACAGAGCAGACGAGAGGAUAAAGUGCCAACAAGAGCCAAUGUCAGGUUUUUGAAAUCAUUUCAAAAUGUAUGCUAGCCUUGACAGACAAUCUGUGUGAGUAGGAUAGGAAGGAAUGAAUCGGGUUAGGGUUUCUCACCGCCGAGGUCUUUAUGUGCUGAAGACUGUGAAAUGAUGACAUAUGCAGCCAGAUAGGAGCUGAUUACCAUAAUUUAGUCUGAGAUAUUAUACAAGAACUACAGCACACCAAGUUGUUAAAUUGCGGCCUGUCAGACUGGAAGCACAGCGGGGUUUUUUUAAGGGCUGCAGUGACGGGAAAAUGUUCCAACUCCCAUUUAGUCGAAGCUGAUGUGAAAUAAUGGUCUCAAUGGUCUUUUAAUGGUUUCAAAAUCUCUCUGCACAUGAAACCUUUUCACGUCUCCAUUUCAAACACAUGGCUGUUCAUCUGAAAAUGAAGCAAACUUCAAGCUUUUCAUCAUGCAGCAAUAUAAUAACCAGUGUAGAGUCGUCAAAGUUCAAAGCACCAGAAAAAGAAGAGAAGCACCUGUGUUUGUUUACUGACUGCUGAGUGUACUUUUAUCACAGUGAUAUUUUAUAUUGUUUUAUCUAUAAAGUGCACUCGGGGGGGCAGGGAGGUCAAUCAGCUGUUACUGCCAACACUGAAUCUGCACUUAUAUUUAAAAAAGAUGUACUUGUUGAUGUUAAAAAUGUUGAGCACUAUGAAAUGAAAGCAGCAUUUGUACAAUAAGUUCUAUGCCAAGCUAGAUGGUUGUGUAUUUAUUGCAAAACAGAACUGGUUUAUACCCCCUAAAAACUAUUAUAUGACCACUUUGUAUCUUGGUUAUGAAUGUGUGUCGGUGUAAUAGCCAAAGAAAGAAUAAAAAGAAGAUGAACUACA